AUGGGUGAUGGAGAAGAAAUGGCCGGGGCUUCGGGUCUCCGGCGAGUGGUGGAGCUCAUCCUUGCCGUGCUCUCUCUCUCGCACUCGAUUCGUGUCUUCGCCGGAAAAUGGCAACUCAUUCGUAACAAGCUGGAGGAGCUUCACGGCGGUUUAGUCGCUGCCGAGAACUGUGACUCCGGCGAGAGCCCGUCGUUUUCGCGGCUGGUGGCGGCGGUGGAGGCCACCGCGACGGAGUGUUACGAUCUGUGUCGGCGCUGCGUCGAUGUUUCCUACAGCGGGAAGCUUCUGAUGCAGAGUGAUUUGGACGUGGCGUUCGCGAAGCUCGAUGCGCACACGAGGAAGCUCUCUGAGAUAUACAAAACGGGGAUUUUAACAAAUGGGUUCGCGCUCGUUGUGUCAAAGCCGAGUCUUGGCGCUUCGAAAGAGGACAUGAGGUUCUACGUGAGGGACUUAACGACAAGGAUGAAGAUUGGAGAUUUGGGGAUGAAACGACAAGCGUUGCGGAACCUUCUAGAAGUUGUAUUGGAGGAGGAGAAGUAUGUGAAGGUGAUUGUUGACGUGGGAGACGUGGUUCAUUUGUUGGUGGGAUUUUUGGGUUCUAAUGAGGUGGAAAUCCAGGAGGAGAGUGCCAAGGUUGUUUCUGUGGUUGCAGGAUUUGAUUCUUAUAAAGGGGUUUUGGUUGGUGCGGGGGUGAUUGCUCCUUUGAUUAAGGUUCUGGAUUGUGGGAGUGAUUUGGGGAAGGUUGCGGCUGCGAGGUGUCUGGUGAAGUUGACUGAAAAUUCGGACAAUGCUUGGUGUGUUUCGGCUCAGGGAGGGGUUAGUGUGUUGUUGAAGAUUUGUGGUGCUGCUGAUUGUAGCGGUGAUUUGGUUGGACCUGCUUGUGGGGUGUUAAGGAAUCUCGUCGGUGUUGCGGAGAUAAAGAGGUUUAUGGUUGAUGAGGGUGUCGUGUUAACUUUCAUUAGGCUUGUGAGGUCCAAGGAUGAAGCGAUUCAGGUGAAUUCGAUUGGGUUUAUUUUGAGUAUUGCCUCUGGGGAUGAGUUGGUUAGGCAGAUGGUGAUCAAAGAGGGAGGGAUUCGUGCUUUGUUGCGUGUUUUGGAUCCUAAGUGGUCUUAUUCGUGUAAAACCAGGGAGGUAGCAAUGAGGGCUGUCGAGGAUUUGUGUUUUUGUUCACCUAGUUCUGUGGGUAUUUUGAUGAGUUAUGGCUUUGUGGAUCAGUUGGCAUAUUAUAUUCGAAAUGGGGAGGUUUCGAUUCAGGAAUUGGCAUUGAAAGUGUCGUUUAGGUUGUGUGGAACAUCUGAGGAGGCUAAGAAAGCAAUGGGGGAUGCAGGGUUUAUGGCAGAGUUUGUUAAGUUUCUCAACGCAAAGUCAUUUGAGGUUCGAGAAAUGGCAGCUGAGGCACUCUCUGGCAUGGUUAUGGUGCCUCGAAACAGAAAGAGAUUCGUGCAGGAUGACCAUAAUAUUUCCCUUCUUCUGCAAUUGCUUGAUCCACAGGAGGGGAAUUCUGGUAAUAAAAAGUUCUUAAUCUCCAUAUUAAUGUCCUUAACGAGUUGCACUAGUGGGAGGAAAAAGAUUGUCAGUUCCGGAUAUGCCAAAAACAUAGAAAAACUUGCGGACGCCGAAGUUUCUUCUGAUGCCAGAAGACUUGUGAAGAAGCUAUCAACAAGCCGGUUCCGCAGUAUGUUGAGUGGGAUCUGGCACUCGUGA